CCUAACGGGCAAUAACAGAUCAAGUCGAGAGAGGAAGGCUAGAAUCACAAUCAGUUUGAUCAAAGAAUUUGGAAAAUCGAGUACGAUUUUGCAUUUAGUUAGAGGUGCCCUAAUUCCUAGAGUUUGGCUCACCUUCAACAAAUAUUUCUUACAACUUUGUAGAGGCAGUAUUAGGAAUCUGAUAUUUAAAUCAGUGAUUGUGAAAGUAAUUAUUAGUACGAUUCGCUAUAUUUUCAGCUGACGAGUUAGAUCAUGGGUGUCCGCAAACUUUGUGUAAUCAUCUUACUAUUCUUCCUGAAUACGUGCACACCUUUUCCCGCUAGCCGCUUACACCGAGGCGCCCGAUCAAUCAACGACUGGAUGGGCAAAGACUCGACAACGACAGGGUCGUCGACAGUGGCAAUGAAUUCACGAGAGGAGACCUUUGAGGCAAAUGAAGAUGACAGGUUACAAGUCCAGGAAUAUCUCGAGAGGAAUGGCUACCUGCCGAUUGCACAGGUAUUUGGUACUAGAUAUCGAAUAAGCGAUGAUAAUUUCAGAAAUGCGCUUCAGUCAUUCCAAAGGUUCGUGCAUCUACCAGACACAGGCGUAUUGGAUGAAGAGACGUUUCGUCUCACAGUCUCAAAGCGCUGUGGAGUACCUGACCUGGUGGGUCCAGCACAGCCGUCGGGUCUGUACACAAGCUGGGCGCAAUGGCACAAACUAGACCUGACCUACCGGAUCGUGAGUCACCUGGAAACCAUCGCGGAGGGCGCCCUUCGUGCUACCGUCAGGUCUGCCAUGGAGAUAUGGAUGGAGGUUACCCCACUAUCUCUGUGUGAGGAGCUCGACCCCGAGGCCGAUGUCGACAUCAUUAUACGACAUGAGCGAGGCGAGCACGGGGACGGUGUGGCGUUCGAUGGCCUCGAUGGAGCCCUCGGUCACGCAUUCCUACCUGCCACAGGCGAGAUCCAUCUCGAUCUAGAUGAACAAUGGACGGUAGGACGAGUGCCUGAAAAUAACGGGACGGACUAUAUGAGUGUCGUAUCUCACCAAAUUGGACAUGCUCUCGGUUUGCUGCAUUCGGGCGUAGAGGGCUCUAUCAUGUUUCCCAUCUACACCGACAAAGAAAAUAUAAAUCUUUCUUACCAGGAUGUGCUGUCCAUACAGUCAUUAUACGGAAACGCUGAUGACAGCGCAGACGUUCAACAUCGAUGUAGAGAUCGAACGACAACAUCGAAAACAUUGACAUCAGCUUCGGUUAGUUAGCUGGAGACAAUGGCGAGUUGGUCAUUAUCGCCAUCUACGACAGAAUCGUCGUGAUUGUUUUAAAAUGGACAUUACCAACACCACCUUGAUGCGAUCCGCAUGGGCAUACUUAUUAGUUUCGUUAUCAUCUUCUAUCUCCUCCUCCUCCUAAUCCUCAUCGUCAUCAGAAAAUAUACCACCAAUAAUCAAAAUAAAUAUAUAUGCCGUCAUAGUAGUCGUCAUCAUCAUAAAUAGUCAUCUCGAGAUUAAUAUUGUCAACAUCAUCAUCGUCAUCAUUGAUAUCGCCAACUUAUAUAAAUCAUCAUCACCAUCUUAGUCAUCAUCAUUGAUACCACCACCAUUAUCAUCAUCACCAUCAUAGUCAUCAUCAUUGAUACCACCACCAUUAUCAUCAUAAUAAUUUUAUUGGUCUCUAUUAUCGUCCAUCAUUAUUAACAUCAAUGUCAUUUCCAGCAUCACAUUAUUACCAUUAGUACUAUUGCCAUCAUCAUCACCAUUAUCAUCACCAGCAAAGUCAUCAUCAAUCUUAUUCAUCAAAGAAAACGACAGUACAGGGCCCCAUUUCACAAAACUUUUAAUCAGUGACAAAAUAGUGACAGUUUUUGUUAUAAGCUACUGAAAUUUUUGCUUUUGAUUGGUUAUCAGCUGAUUUGUCACUGGUUUUUGUCAUUUGUCAUUGAAAAAAGGCUUUGUGAAACGGGUCCAAGAUUCAGUUUUCACCAUCGAUAGAGGUUUCUUUCCAUGUUGUUAAGAGCACAAAUUUCUGUUAAAAAAGAAAUGUCGAUAUCUCAGAUGUAAUACUAUCCGUUUGAAAACCCUUCACUUCCAGGUUACUUUUAUAAAAAUAGAUCCCUUUUUUUAAUGAAUAUUCUUCUCUACCUUAUUUGUGUACAUUGUGAUCAUCUAUGUCAAUUAAAUUAUUAUUAAAUCAUGAUACUUAACAUA